AGGCCUAAUAGUCGUGAUGCGCAGACGCGGAGGUCGAGAAAGCCGAUUUGUCUGCUAGCUCCGCUACUGGUUGACAGCUAGCGUAGAAGCGGAGAGGUGCUUUGCCGGCGUUGCUGUUUCAAAUGGGAAAUAAAUAAUUCUGUGUUUCCGUGGCGAUAAUAAUGCGAGUGAAAAUUGGCAAUUUGGUGGGAGGGUCGUGUGCGAAACGGAUUUAUACGGUGGCUGUUAAAAACGAAGAGGACUUCUGAUGCGAAUCAAGAGAUACGAGGAACCUCGUCAAGAGUACGUCGCCGUCGCCGUCGCCGUCGCCGUUUUGGAGUAGACAUAAUGACAUUCGAACAAGUAUCGAAUCAAGACAUUCCGAUCCGGUUAACCAUAUCGAAAACCAGACUGGUCAAACAGCUGCCCCGCUGAUCGCCGGAUAAUAAUUAAUAACGAAGUUGUUCACCUCGAAAUAAAUGUGUAUGUGAUGGGAGUGCCUGCGCGCGGUGCCCUCGCGGCGAUGGUCGCCAUAGCUGCAUUCACCGUCUACCUGAACAGCCUCAGCUGCGGUUUCGUAUUCGACGACAUUUCGGCGAUAAAGGACAACCGCGACCUGCGGCCCCAUACACCCCUGAAAAAUGUCUUCUACAACGAUUUCUGGGGCACCCCGAUGCACAAGGAGCAGUCGCACAAGUCUUACAGACCGUUAUGCGUCCUCACAUUUAGAUGGAAUUAUUUGAUACAUCAACUAGAUCCGAUGGGAUAUCACUUGCUCAACGUUUUACUACACGUUGGAGUAUGCCUUCUAUAUUUCAGAAUGUGUUUGAUGUUCUUACCCGAUCCAGCGAGCUUUGUGUCAGCGCUUUUAUUUGCCGUACAUCCGAUACAUACGGAAGCUGUUACCGGAGUCGUUGGCAGAGCGGAAACCCUGUCGUCGCUAUUUUAUUUAGCCGCUUUUAUAACUUAUACAAAAAGUUGCAAAAGCAAGAGAUCGACUGGGUGGAGGUCGCUGAUACUGUCAAUGUUAUUUGUGCUUACUGCAAUGCUAUGCAAGGAACAAGGCAUUACAGCAACAGCAGUUUGUGUCCUAUAUGAGAUUUUUGUUGUUCAAAAGGUCAGAGCGUUGGAUAUUAUUCUAGCAAUAAAGUCUGCGCUCGGGGGUAAGAAAAUAUCUCCAUCAUGGUCGGGAGAGGGUACAAAAAGAUUGACUGCCCUGACUCUGGUUACUUUUUGUCUCCUGAUUCUAAGACUGCAGAUAAUGGGCUCUAAACUGCCGGUUUUCACGAGAUUCGACAAUCCAGCCUCAGUAGCGCCUUCACCUGCCAGACAAUUCACCUACAAUUAUCUGGCUUCUGUAAACCUGCGUCUGCUGUUUCUACCCAUUGACCUAUGCUGUGAUUGGACAAUGGGAACAAUACCUCUGAUAGAAACUCUGACGGAUCCGAGAAAUUUGGCGACAAUAGCCAGCCACGCAACUUUGGCAGGACUUCUAGCGACGGCCAUUCUGACUCGCAGCAGACAAACAUCCGUCGUACUGAUAAUGAGUUUGGCGAUGAUGAUCCUCCCGUUUUUGCCAGCAUCGAACUUGUUCUUUCCCGUCGGAUUCGUAAUCGCUGAGAGAGUCUUGUACGCACCAUCAAUGGGCUUCUGUAUGCUCAUUGGUUACGGAUGGAGUAUAAUAUCGGACAAGAGAUACAAAAAGAUUUCUCUGUUCCUACUCAUCACGUUGCUCGUUGCACAUUCGACCAAAACGUACAUACGGAAUUACGACUGGAUAGACGAGUAUUCGAUAUUCAUGUCGGGACUGAAGGUGAACAACCGAAAUGCCAAGUUGUUUAAUAAUGUUGGACAUGCUCUGGAAAGCCAAGGUAGAUUCAAGGAAGCGUUGAACUUUUUCAACAUGGCCGUGAAGGUCCAAGGCGAUGAUAUCGGCGCCCAUAUCAACGUUGGAAGAACCUACAAUCACCUGAAAAUGUUCAAGGAAGCCGAAGACGCGUACUUGAAGGCAAAGUCUUUACUGCCAAAAGCGAAACCAGGUGAAUCGUAUCAAGCUCGCAUAGCCCCGAAUCACCUGAACGUGUUCGUAAAUCUGGCAAAUCUGAUAGCCAAAAAUGCAACGAGACUCGAAGAAGCAGAUCUGCUUUACAGACAGGCGAUCAGUAUGCGCGCCGAUUACACCCAGGCUUACAUAAACCGAGGAGACGUUUUGAUAAAGUUGAACCGUACCAAGGAAGCGCAGGAGGUUUACGAGAGAGCCCUAUUUUACGACAGUAACAACCCCGACAUUUACUACAACCUCGGAGUUGUAUUCUUGGAACAAGGAAAAGCCUCCCAAGCUCUGGCCUACUUAGAUAAGGCACUGGAAUUCGACCCGGAACACGAGCAAGCCUUGUUGAACUCAGCUAUACUUCUACAAGAGUUAGGACGUGCCGAGUUGCGGAAAGUUGCACGGGAACGGCUGCUGAAACUAUUGAGAAAGGACUCGAACAACGAGCGCGUGCAUUUCAACCUGGGGAUGCUGGCGAUGGACGAUCGAGACAGCGCCGACGCCGAACGAUGGUUCCGCAACGCGGUUGCCCUGAAGGAAGACUUUCGCUCAGCUCUUUUCAACCUCGCGCUAUUGCUGGCCGACGAACAGCGUCCCCUGGAAGCAGCACCGUUCCUUAAUCAGCUGGUCAGAUUUCACCCCGACCAUGUAAAGGGGCUGAUUCUCCUCGGUGACAUCUACAUAAAUAACAUCAAGGACCUGGACGCCGCUGAGAACUGUUACCGGCGGAUCCUUCAACUUGAUCCGGCGAAUAUCCAGGGCUUGCACAACCUUUGCGUGGUCAUGGUCGAACGUGGAAAACUCGGUCUUGCUGCCCAGUGUCUGGAACGCGCUGCGGCUCUGGCUCCUCAGCAGGACUACGUUCAUCGACAUUUGGCGAUAGUCAGAGCCCGGAUAAAUCGGACCCCGCCGGAGCAGAGAGAUACGGAAAUAUUCGACGACUCGUUUUGGAACAGCAACAAACGGGAAGGCAGCUACAACAGCGACCCGAUGGCUGGUGAAUUCCUCGCUAAUCCUGAGACGGUGUUCCUGAACCACGCAUCCGCGGUUCACAGCCACAUAAACAGCGAGCCGAGCAUCGGAGACACCCUGAACAACCACAUGAUGCACCUUAAAGGACCGCCUAAGUCCCCCAGGAUGGCCAAGAGCGUCGCUCAGGAUACGAAAGUCAACGGUCAAGACGACACACAGCCGGCUUCGGAGGUGACCAACGUCGUCGAGUCCGGGACGGACGGGAUCUUCGACGAACUCCUCGGCGCGGAUGUCAGGGAAAUUGAAAUAAGUAAAAAACUAGGCUCGAAAUUGAUGACCGGAGAUGGAAGCACCGGCGAGCCAGUCGUCAAGGCGGACCAAUAUAAUCAAAGCACGACACUUCCGGUUAAAAAACAUGCCGGCAAAAUUCAACAGACAAAGGACAGCUCGGUCGCAUAGUAAUCAAGGAGGAGGAAGAGGAUAACGAUCCGGCGAAUAUUUGUAAAACUAUUAUUGUACCGAGGGUAAUGAUAUACGAGAGCGGUGGGUUUAGUGCUGAAGCAUAUAGUGCUAAGAGUGUGAAUAUAAAUUAAAAGA